AUGAAGGUUAACUUCUAAAACUAAAAUUUUGAAAAUAUUAAAAUCCAGAAUACAGUAUUGGUGAGAGCUAAUUUUGUUCGAUGUAAUUUUAAGGGAUCUUCAUUUGAAAAUAUAGAUAUAAGUGGAAUUAAUUUAAAUGGAGCUCUGCCAUUUAAUUGUAAACAGAAGAAGGCAUAAAUAGAGGAAAUGACUAAACUAGAGGGUCAUAAAUAAGCUGUGUAAUCAGUAUGCUUCUCUCAAGAUGGAACUACAUUAGCAUCUGGUAGUAGAAAUUAGUCUAUUCGUUUCUGGGAUUGUAUGAUGGGUUAAUAAAAGCCAAAUUAGAUGGUCAUAGUGAUUCUGUCAACUCAGUCUGUUUCUCUCUUGAUGGAAAUACAUUAGCUUCUGGUAGUUAUGAUAACUCUAUCCGUCUAUGGGAUAUCAAAACAAGUAUUGUUCAGAUUAUAGAUUUAAAGAAAUUUAGGUUAUAAAUACAAGAUAUCCUUUUUUUAACACCCCUUUGCAGUAAAAGAAUAUUAUUUAAAAUUUAGAUAUUUUCCUUUUAAGAGAAUUAUUGGAGUAAAAACAAGAAAAAUUAAUGA